AUGCCAUCACCAUUUACUCGAUCGAAAAAGCUAAAACGAACACCAGUUAAGCGUGGGACGACAUCACCGAAACCAACAUCAUCACAACAACAGCUAGUAGAAGACAAUUCCGACGAAAUGGAGGCACAGCUGAAAGUGUUGGAGAAGCAACGGGAAGCAGUGUGUGGAAAGCUUAGUCGUGUGUGUGCAGCUUUGUGUGACAGUGCAGAGCAGCCUAACCUCAACGUAAAAAACGUGCGCUUCCUUCAACUCCAGGAAAAGGCUUUAGAAAAUAUCUAUAGCGAGUGCAACGAAAUACAGAACAAAAUCUACGAGUUAACGCUGCACGAUGACCAAGACAAAGAGCAGAAUGACAAAUACAUCGAAUUUGAGACACGUUUCAAUGACGUUUCGUUGAAACUGACCGCGUGUUUCGAUGCCGUAACGAAAGUUGAAGUAGCCGUUCCACCUGCUCUCCCACUGACCCAGCAGCAGGCUCAGCCCUACCUCCCUCCGUUGCAAGUGCCCCUACCGACCUUUGAUGGGUCAUACGAAAAGUGGUAUUCGUUCAAGGCGAUGUUCACCACGGUGAUGAACCGAUACCAGCAAGAAGAACCGGCCCUGAAGCUUUUUCAUUUGCGAAACUGCCUUGUCGGAAAGGCGGCUGGUAUCAUCGACGAUGAGCUGGUAAACAACAACGACUACGAAGCUGCCUGGAAGGUUCUCACUCAGCGGUAUGAAGACAAAAGAGUGGUUGUGGAUAAGCACAUUGAAAACCUUUUCAGCUUACCCAAGAUCAACCAGGACAAUGCUUCGAGCCUUCGUAAAGUGAUUGACACCUGCACUAAAAACGUUGAGGCGUUGAAGAAUCAGAACCUUCCGGUAGGUGGUCUCGGUGAGCAAAUGUUGGUCAACCUUAUAGCUGGUCAAACGACAUCUAGUGAAUCAGUGAUAGAAGAAUCCCAAACAGCCAACGUACAAACUGAAACACCGACAACCCUGUGCGCGAGUGACGUGGAACCGGAGAAGCAGACAGUCCUUUCGACUGCCAUUGUUUUAGUGGAUGGUUUGUGCGAUUCUCCCUACCCUUGUAGAGUGGUAUUAGACUCUGCUUCGCAGAUGAACUUUGUCACCGAGCGAUUUGCAAACCUUCUCUCCCUUAAGACAAAACCCGCUGACGUCACGGUCAGUGGUCUGAACGGCAAUAGAACUCGUCUUUGCCGUAAACUGCGCACGACGAUCAGGUCUCGUGCCAGUGACUUUACAGCUGAGUUAGACUUCCUAGUGACACCACGAAGCACUGGGGAACUUCCGACGAAGUCUUUCGACAUAUCACAGUGGCCCAUCUCGAGCGAACAGGUGCUGGCCGACCCUACCUUCAACAGAAGAGGACCUGUCGAUAUGCUGAUUGGCGCUGGAAGUUUUUGGAACCUGAUGCUUGACGGCCGAUGUGAACUCGGUCCGAACCGACCUGCGCUGCGAUACACAAAGCUGGGUUGGAUCGCUGGAGGUGUGAUCGCGAGCGACACGACGGUCGUUGCGCGUACACUUUGCCAAACUGCUGACGAUCAGCCGCUCAUCGAACUGCUGAGGAACUUCUACAAGGUAGAAUCCUGCGACGAGCUCCGCCCUUCCCCGAAGGCGGAUGACGAAGCGUGCCUGGAACACUUCCGGCGCACACACGAGCGAACUGAGGAGGGACGGUAUGUAGUACGAUAUCCGUUCAACGAACGUAAACGCGAGCUUGGCGGCUCGCGAGACACAGCGCUGCGACGUUUUCUGGCUUUGGAGCGAAAACUUGACAAGCAGCCGGACUUAAAGGAGCAAUAUUCGCGGUUCAUCCGAGAAUAUGAGGAUCUCGGACACAUGCGCGAGAUUGUGGAAACACCGAAUGACGACCCAGGAUCGGUGUUUUAUCUACCGCACCACUGCGUGCUGCGGCCAACGAGUACGACAACCAAGCUGCGAGUCGUGUUUGAUGGAUCAGCGAAGACGUCAACCGGCGUCUCGAUCAACGACGUUUUGAUGACUGGACCGACGGUUCAGAACGAUCUUACUGCAAUUUUGCUUCGUUUCAGAGGAUUUCAGUACGUCUUCACACUCGACAUUCCGAAGAUGUUUCGUCAAGUGGUGGUCCAUCCGGAUGACACAAGCAAGCUGCAGAAGAUCAUCACGAUGAGUUCCCAAGGGCCGCAGAGGUGGUCAACAGAGACAUACAUGGAUGAUAUCCUGACUGGUGCCGAUACCCUUGCUGAGGCUUGCCAACUACAGCGAGAUGUGACAGGACUACUGGCGAAAGCCUGCUUCAGCGCUCACAAGUGGUGCGCCAACCAUUCAGAUAUCGUUUUAGGUGUAGCUGAAGAACAACGAGGAGACACUUUCGAGGUUACGGACGACACCUCGAAGACCAUCGUUAAGACACUGGGCGUGACAUGGAACCCGUUGGAGGACUGGUUCUCGGUGUCCGUUCCUGACUUUGACAACCCAGAAGGAAUGACUCGAAGGAAACUUCUGAGUCAACUGGCCAAAAUAUUCGACCCACUUGGAUUCUUUGGCCCAGUAAUCACCUACGCGAAGCUGAUCUUGCGAGAAGUAGGUGAACUACAAAUCGAUUGGGACGACUCCAUCCCAACCGAAAUCGACGAGAAGUGGCGAAACUUUCGGACCGAGAUGACAUCACUGAGGGAAAUCCGAGUUCCGAGAUGGAUUUCCUGGAAGGAUGUGUUCCAGCUGAGACUACAUGGGUUCGCUGACGCAUCCGACCAAGCCUACGGUGCCUGCUUGUACGUGCAGGGCACUUUCACCGACGAGGAGUCCAAGAUGCAGCUUGUUUGCAGCAAGUCGCGGAUCCUACCGAAAAAACGAAGUCCGAAGGAGAAGGCCAUCACGACCCCUCGAGCCGAACUGUUAGCGGCACUGUUACUGGCUCGAAUGGUCGUGAAGUUCCUGAACGCUACGGAGCUUAAGUUUGAAUCAGUACAUCUUUGGAGCGACUCAAAAAUCGUCUUGGCUUGGGUCAAGAAAACGCCAGAACUACUGCAGACAUACGUAUCAAAUCGGGUAAGCGAGAUCCAGCAGCUUAGCCAAUCCUUCCAUUGGCAUUACAUUUCCACACAUGACAACCCGGCCGAUUUGAUUUCACGUGGAGUUACACCGAGGAAAUUGAUUGGUUCAACUAUUUGGUGGCGGCCCCAACCAACACAACACCUCAUCGAGGAUGAGGACGAAGUGGAAAUUCCGGAUAGUGAGCUACCGGAAAUGCGAGCUGGAGUGGCUUUAGCCAUGACUGUUCCGAUCGAACGUUUUCCGAUCUUUGACAGGUUGAGCAGUUACACACAGAUUGUAAGGAGUAUGGCCUACUUGGUGCGACUAGCUAGGUUCAUCAAGUCACGCAAAAGGGAGGUAGUAAAGGGCCGACUGACAGCGAAGGAAGUGCGUACAGCGACGCUCUUAAUAGUACGACUGGUUCAACGCGAGACUUUCCAGCCCGAAAUCAUCGCACUUAUGGACGGUGCGAAUACAAAACAUCGACUUAAUGGACUACAAGCGUUUUUGGAUCCUGACGAUGGGAUCAUACGAGUUGGAGGCAGGAUCAAGCGAGCCUUCAUACCUUACGACAGUCGACAUCAGAUGCUGUUGCCGGCUAAGCAUCCAAUCACUGAAGCUCUCGUUCGCGAACUACACAUCGACAACCUACACAUCGGGCAAAGAGGUUUGCUUGCAGUUGUACGUCAACGGUACUGGCCACUGAAUGUGAAGAAUACUAUUCGAAAGGUGAUACGGAAGUGCAUCGUGUGCUUCAAGGCAAACCCGUUGAAGACGACGCAACUGAUGGGUGACCUACCGUCGUAUCGCGUCCAGCCAGCCCCCGUCUUUUCGAAUACCGGUGUGGACUACGCCGGUCCCUUCUGGAUAAAAUCAACGACUUCUCGCAAACCGCAAAUCACCAAGGCGUACGUGUGCUUGUUUGUGUGUUUGCAGACUCGGGCGGUUCACUUGGAAUUGGUUUCAGACUUGACGACAGACGCCUUUCUAGCGAGUUUGAGACGGUUCAUCAGUCGACGUGGAUGCCCGAAAACGAUACGCUCUGACAACGCGACUAACUUUGUCGGAGCUAAAACCGAGCUACAUGAACUUUGGCGUAUGUUCGAGAACGAUUGCGCUACGAAAAGGAUCACCAACUAUUGUGUCGACAAGGGUAUUGACUGGUCGUUCAUACCACCACGAAGCCCACACUUUGGUGGCAUUUGGGAGGCUGGUGUGAAGCAGGUCAAAUACCACCUAAAACGUAUUGUUGGCGAUAGGAAGCUGUCUUACGAGGAGCUUUACACGACAUUGACCCAGAUAGAAGCAGUACUGAACUCUCGUCCCUUGGUACCGAGUUCAGAUGACCCAUCCGACUACACUGCGAUCACGCCUGCACAUUUCCUGAUCGGACGAAAAUCAUCUCUCACGAUGGCAGUUAGUGCAGUCCAUGCUGCAACACUUUUGGAAACGAUGAACCGCCGAGUACCUGCCGGAGCUGCAGAAUCGAUCGAAAUGGCUGAAGCGGAAGGUGAUUAA